AUGGCCGACGCUUCCAGUAUGGAAACCCCCUCCCCAAAGUAUCGCGAUGCGAGUCCCGUCGUCCCUCCGGCGACGGAUAAUACUCCUGCACCCACUCCUUCCGCCUCGGAAUCUCCAAACCCUCCUCCCCAAACCUCUCAGACCACUCCUCCUGAACCGACGAAAGAGCCGGAGCCGACUCCGACGUCCAACACCCCAGUCCAACCACCGGAGUCCACACCGCCGCCAAACAACAGCCCUACAACAACACCUCCGGCUCCCGAUGAAUCAGUUCCGCCAACCAACGAAGAUAAGACGAGUGUAAUCGUUACCAUUGUUACCAGAUCCGGAACGGGAACUCUUCCUGGUACUUCGUCUACCCCCACCUCUAGUGAUGGUGCGCAACCAGCCGGCUCAAACGGUGGAAGCGGCGGUCUUAGCAACAGUGGGAAAAUUGCCAUCGCUGUAGUCGUACCUGUAGUGGCCGUUGCUCUCUUCCUUGUCGCGGCUAUAUGGUUCUGGAAACGCAGGAAGGCGAGGAAGGAUGCUGAGGAGGAGAGACGUAAGGAGGUCGAGGAUUACGCCUACAACCCGAACGCCGACCCUACCAUCCCCGCCGUCGGUCUCGUUUCUGACGGUCCUUACGAGAUGAGGGAGGACACCACCUCGGGAUACCGUGGCUGGGGAUCAACAGCGACACCAGGCUCAAAUGGCCCCAAGGCCCCAACUACUCUUUCAGGUAGUGGUGGUGGAUACACAGGUGUGGCCUACUCCGAUGCCACUUCGCCACCUUAUGCUCAUGUUUCUGACACCCGCUCAGGAGAACCCCUCGUGGAUGGAAACCCCGCACGCGACGGUUCCUACUCUCCCGAAGGCGAGAUCCUUGGUGCCAUGGGUCCCUCAGCCGCCGCCAACAGGGGCGGUGACAUUCACCGCGGACCGUCGAACGCUUCGUCAUCGUAUAGUGCCGGUGCCCGUUCCGAUGGUUCCGUCGACGGCGCCAUGGGAGGGGCCUACCCGAACCAGUACUACGACCAAUACGGCAGCGGCAAUCCUUAUGCGAACGAUAUGUAUGCUGGACAGCGGCCUGCUGAUGCCCCCGUGCAGCCCGUUAUCCGCGAUAACCCGGCUCGACGAAACACGCGCAUCGAGAGCCCCUCCCACUACCCUCAGCAGAGCGCUGGCAUUUCUCAAAACUUCUAG